AUGCAGCUCGAAACUCUCUAUAAGACAAUGUACGUUAAAUAUGUGGACAAUGCAAAAUUUGUAUCUCCCUCCACAUUGCCAGGCAUUAAUUUUACAAGGCGCUCCUUGGCUGAGAUAUAUCUUUUGAACACAGAUCUUUCGUACAAGCAUGCGUUUCUUUAUAUUCGUCAACUAGCGAUUCACUUGAGAAAUGCGACAACUUUAAAACGGAAGGAAAGUUUUCAAACACUGUACAAUUGGCAGUUCAUUAAUUCCCUGCAACUAUGGGCAGAAUUGAUUUCGAUGUCUAAGCCUCAAUCUGGUUUGCGGGAUUUAUUAUAUCCCGUGGUGCAGAUUAUUAUUGGGACUAUGAAAGCGAUACCAACUGCGCAGUAUUACCCACUGAGAUUCCAUUGCAUAUCGAUGCUGAUUAAGUUAUCAAAGGGCACUGGCACUUUUAUUCCAGUACUGCCAUUCUUGCUAGAGAUACUAAACUCCCAUGACUUCAACAAAAGGCAUAAACAAGUUUCAAUGAAACCUGUAUCCCUUACCUGUAUCCUUAGGUCCUCAAAGUCUCAAAUGCAAGAAAACGGGUACACUGACAUUGUGAUGGAAACCAUCUGUGAAUUGAUUCUUCAGAACGCCGCAAAGGACAGUCACUCCAUAGCCUUUCCCGAUAUCUAUGUGCCAUGCAUUGCGCAGCUGAAAAAAUUCUUAAGCAUAUGCCGUGUAGCCAACUAUUGCCGAAAAAUUAAACAGCUUCUCGAAAAACUUCAAGAGAACGCCACACACAUUGAAAAAUCAAGAUCUCGAAUCGUUGUAAACCUGAGCGAUACAGCACAAAUUCAAAAUUGGGAAAAUAACAUAAAAGCAGCGGGCACCCCUCUGACACAAUUCUAUGAGUCGUGGAUUAAAGUUCACGAGUCCCUUAAACUAAAAACUCUAACGCAGAAUGACGAAAUCGCAGAGUACAACUUGCCUACGCUGAAAAGAUCUAAGAAGCAAAAAAUUUCCAUACCACAGGAACAGGAUGAAUCUGAGGAAGAUAUUCUCAGUAACAACAAUCACCACUCAACGAACGGUGAUUCUGCAAAAAAAAUAAAAACGAUUGCAACGACUAAAAGUAAAAAACUGAUGGGACAUCCAAGGAUCAAUAAAAAUGUGGCUGUUGAUACGGUAAUUCCCAGUGAGGAUACGGACAUCGUUCGCAACAUGACAAUAAGUGACUGGGACUGA